AAAAGAUCAAGAUGACGUGAUUGGUUCGCUUGCUCCAAACCACCACAAUGAGGGCGGCCUCCACGUCGCUUCUCGUGCUGCUGCACACUGCGGACACCGCGGAAGCAUCCCGCAUUGCGUUGCGUCGUGCCGGUGACUUCGCGAGGCAUGACUUUCCGCUCGCCGUCCGCGACUUCAAUAAGUACGGAGACCAGCACAAUGGCGAGGCGCGACGAGGUUCUACUUCUGCAAGAGGCCACAAAGCUUUUCUCGCCGCAGGGAACAUCAAUCGUGGUCAGAGCAGAGAGGAGUUUUCCCUGCUACAGGAACAAACGAGAACGAUGCACGCAACGCAGUACUAUGGCGACUUGACCGUCGGGGGCCAGAAGUUCAGUGUUAUUUUCGACAGCGGCAGUGGGCACCUACUGAUUCCGGGACCGAAGUGCGAAUCCGCGGCGUGUCUGCAGAAAAACCGGCAUGUGUACGACUUGAAGGGGUCGAAGAAGGGCAUGGCUAUCGGAUGGACGGAUGAACCCACGAAAUCCGUCGCGGACGACAGCGAGGACCGGGACGUGACGAGCAUCAGCUUCGCGGCCGGAGAAGUGGUGGGCAAUUACUACCGGGACGAAGUCUGUCUCGGCGGAUCGGAAUCUUCAAAGUCGGCCUCGAAGAAAGGCAGUGGGAAUAGUAAAGACGUCAAAUUGUGCGGAAUGGCGGACUUCAUCGCCAUGCAGGUAUCAAAUGUAAAAAUGUCUGGGUCUGGAAGAAUGCAAGAUUUGUCAUGCAUAUUUCUCAUGGCCCAUGAUGCCUGUAAUGCAUGACUUAGCGUCGCAGACUUUUAGAGAGCUUCCUGAUGCACCUUCCGCAUGAGAAAUGCCCUGUCAGUGUAGCACAAAUUAUACCCCUCUUGCUGGUCAUGCAAUGGGUCCGACCCCCGUUAGAGCUUGACCCUAUCCCCCCGAGGUCCUGCCCUGAGGCAGUGGUCGGAAAGGGGGUACAGUGGUUGAGGGGUAAAUAAGGUCAUGCAAUACAAAUUUUUUUAGAGUCCAAAAACAGCAUGACAAGUUGCAAUCUUCCAGACCCAGACAUUUUUGCAUUUGCUAGCAGGAGGAGUCGGACAAUCCAUUCAAGGAUUCCGUCUGGGACGGAGUGCUCGGCUUAGGUCAGGACUUGACGGAGAAUUCCGAGUUCAGUGUGCUGCAAAAGGUGCUGCACCACUCUGGGGAGACAGAAGCGAACGCAAGCGCGAAGGAAAAAGACGGAAUUUUUUCCUUUUACCUGCACAACUACGGCGGGGAGAUCAAUUUCGGCCGGGCCGCAGUGCAGGACCGAAUCAAGCCGAAUGCGGUGGUGACAAAAGCACCGAUUUCUGUGGACGGCUACUGGCAAUUCGAUGUCGAAGACAUCACCAUCAACGGGGAGAAAACCGGUCUCUGCCAGAAAUACAAGGGAGUACAUAAUUAUUUUUGCAGAGUGCUUUUGCUAUCUCAAGUGGUCCACGAUGUUCAAAAGAAGCAAACACAAGAUGCGAUCUAUAAACUGUUCUUCAUCUGAAAAACCUCAAUAUCAUCAGGGCAAGUGCCAGGCCGUCGUCGAUACGGGAAGCAGUCUGCUAAUGGCCCCGGCGAACAUGCUGGCGCAGAUCUCCGCCCGGCUGAACAUAGACGACAAGUGCAAGAAGGCGAAACUUCCCUCGCUCGGUUUCCUCGUCCAGGGGAGAAACCUGGAGUUGCCGGCGGAAGAGUAUCUCGACCGCACGGACAAGGACUGCUUCAUUGCCAUGAUGGCGAUCGGCGACACGGGCCGCGGGCCGAUCUUCGUGUUGGGCUAUCCUUUCCUCCGCAACUUCUUCACGUCGUUCGAUUUCGACAAGAAGGAACUCGGGUUCGUGGCCGCAAAGGAUGUGGUUUCGGAAAGCAGUAGUGACGAGCCGCGCAUUCCGCUCAAGGGGAGUCGGCCGACUUGAGCGCAGUUUUGAUAACGUUUCAGAUAUUUUUUCCACAAACCACUUAAUUUUUUUCCGAAGAUAAAAGGAGUUUCGAAUAUUCAAAGCCGGUUGGGUCGCACCAGAAGUGCUUUAAUGCGCUGCUUGCUAUCGCUUCCAUGCAAGAGCGUUGUAGUUCAACAAAUUGCGGUCUUCCAGGCAUCUUGAG